GACUCCUGUGACCAGCCUUCAUGAGGCCCUGGACCAGUGCAUGGUCGCCCUAGACCUCUUCCUCACCAACCAGUUCUCAGAAGCCCUCAGCUACCUCAAGCCCAGAACCAAGGAGAGCAUGUACCACUCGCUGACGUACGCCACCAUCCUCGAGAUGCAGGCCAUGAUGACCUUCGACCCCCAGGACAUCCUGCUCGCUGGCAACAUGAUGAAGGAAGCGCAGUCACUGUGUCAGAGGCACCGGAGGAAGUCUUCGGUGACAGACUCUUUCAGCAACCUGGUGCACCGCCCCACAAUGGACCAGUUCACGGAAGAGGAAAUCCAUGCCGAGGUCUGCUAUGCAGAGUGCCUGCUACAGAGAGCAGCGCUGACCUUCCUGCAGGACGAGAACAUGGUGAGCUUUAUCAAGGGCGGCAUCAAGGUCCGGAACAGCUACCAGACGUACAAGGAGCUGGACAGCCUCGUCCAGUCCUCACAUUACUGCAAGGGCGAGAGCCACCGGCACUUCGAAGGAGGGGUGAAGCUUGGUGUGGGAGCCUUCAACCUGACAUUGUCCAUGCUGCCUACUAGGAUCCUGCGGCUGCUGGAGUUUGUGGGGUUUUCAGGGAACAAGGACUACGGGCUGCUGCAGCUGGAGGAGGGUGCGACGGGCCACAGUUUCCGCGCAGUGCUCUGUGUCAUGCUGCUGCUCUGCUACCACACCUUCCUCACCUUCGUGCUCGGUACUGGGAAUGUCAACAUCGAGGAGGCGGAGAAGCUGUUGAAGCCCUACCUGAAUCGAUACCCCAAGGGCGCCAUCUUCCUGUUCUUCGCGGGGCGGAUUGAAGCCAUUAAAGGCAACAUUGAUGCGGCCGUCCGGCGGUUCGAGGAGUGCUGCGAGGCUCAGCAGCACUGGAAGCAGUUCCACCACAUGUGCUACUGGGAGCUGAUGUGGUGCUUCACCUACAAGGGCCAGUGGAAGAUGGCCUACUUCUACGCCGACCUGCUCAGCAAGGAGAACUCCUGGUCCAAGGCCACCUACAUCUACAUGAAGGCUGCCUACCUCAGCAUGUUUGGGAAGGAGGACUACAAGCCGUUCGGGGAUGACGAAGUGGAGUUGUUCAGAGCCGUGCCAGGCCUGAAGCUCAAGAUUGCUGGGAAAUCACUACCCACGGAGAAGUUUGCCAUUCGGAAGUCAAGGCGCUACCUAUCCCCCAACCCGGUCUCCCUGCCAAUCCCUGCUCUGGAAAUGAUGUACAUCUGGAACGGCUACGCUGUGAUCGGGAAGCAGCCGGAACUCACGGACGGGAUGCUCGAGAUCAUCACCAACGCUGAAGCGGUGCUGGCAAAGCGCCCAGAGAAUGAGUACUCCGCAGAUGACGAGUGCUUGGUGAAGCUGCUGAAAGGCCUGUGUCUGAAAUACCUGGGCCGGGUCCAGGAGGCCGAGGAGAAUUUCAGGAGCAUCGCUGCCAAUGAAAAGAAGAUUAAAUAUGACCACUACUUGAUCCCAAAUGCGCUACUGGAGCUGGCCCUUCUAUUUAUGGAACAAGGCAGAAACGGAGAGGCCAUCAAACUCCUGGAAUCUGCCAAGCAAAACUACAAGAAUUACUCCAUGGAGUCAAGGACGCAUUUUCGAAUCCAGGCAGCCACGCUCCAAGCCAAGUCUUCCUUAGAGAACGGCAGCAGAUCCAUAGUCUCCUCAGUGUCCUUGUAGCUUUGCGCAGCACUCCUGGGCUGGCCGAUGAGUAGACACUGGCAGAGCUCCUGGAAACAUUUCAAAAGAUCCCCCGCUCCCUGCCCUCCCUGUGGGGCCCGCCGGUGCUCCAGUGGGAUGGCUCCAGGACACCCGAGCAGAGGCAAAGCAGGCGUUUCACCAGGGUGGCCGCAGGCCUUUGCCAAGGGCAGAGCAGGUAGAGCCCUCUGUCUGCCCUGUCACACAUACGGGUACUUAUGGGUACUUGUUUUUCACUGUGAUGCGUAAGAGAAUGUAUGAACAGUUUACAUUUUCUCUAGAAAUACACUGAUUGGCUUAAAAAAAAAAAAAAACACCCAACAACCAAUGACCUGUAAAUCUUUGCUUUCACCCAUACUCAUCUGGAGGUGAAUCUUUUUACAUGAUGCCAAGGGCCAAAUUGCGUUUCAAACCUUAGCAAGGUCUCCACUUCUGAGGCGAGGAGGACCUGGGGAAGUUUUAAAGCUCCGCGGGUAGAUAAAGAGGUCGCAGACACCCACCAUCUUAUUUCUCAGAGCUCACCUCACUCCCUUCGUAACUUUCCAAUUUAAAAAACCAAGCAGAUGUUUUCAGUCACAUGAAACUUGAACCCAUCAGUAGAAAAAUCAUCUCUACGAAUAGAGACGGGAUGCCCAGGCCCGACAGCGAAGCUGCGCGGCCCUUCGUGUGCCAAAGCCGGCAACGCUGAGGGCAGCAGGGUCUCAGGAACCCGCAAGUCUGCUUCUUGCUCUACGCCAGACCGAAACCGCUGGGAAUCAUCUGCGAGACAUAAACACAUUCUCACUACACUCCACGGCACAUUUAUUUACUGUUUUUCUUAGAAACAGAAGUUAUUCUUGGCCUGUUUUAGAUUUCUCAGUUAAGAGGAAAGAGAUAGUAAUAAAAUUUAUACCCUUAAGAGAUCA